AUGAUACUCCCCGGCAAGACCGCGAWAACGAGAGGCAUAGUCAACGGGCUGAAAGACGCAGCCAUCCAAGCUCAACCUUGCGGCGUUGACCUCAGCCUUCGUAAGGUUCUCCAAUGGACUUCUGCUGGCACUGUAGACUUCUCCAAUCAGUUUCGCUCAGGCAGCAAGACGAUUGGCUUGGACUUCAAUGACAGCCCACGAUCCAUCCACCUGAACGCUGGAAGCUACCUGGUGGAAUUCAAUGAAGAAGUUGAUAUUCCACUUGAUGUCAUGGGCCAGCUUUUUGUCCGCAGCUCCCUAUGGCGGACGGGAGCGCUACUGAGCGCGGGCGUCAUGGACAGCGGUUACAAGGGCCCAGUAUCUGGGAUGCUACAGGUGGUGAAUCCUCACGGCAUCACGCUUUUCGGUAACGCCAGACUUGCGCAGAUUGUCUUUCAUCAAAUGGUCGAGGCUGUCACAGAAGGUUACAGCGGGAUUUAUCAGGGAGGGAAGAAAGAAACAGAAGGAAUAUGA